CUCCCCCCCUCCCCUCGCCCCGGACCCGAGUUAAAGGGUCCAUCUCUCGCGCCUCAACAGCUGUAUAUUUAGUCUGCUCCCAGCUGGCGUCGAGGGAACACGUACUGCGGAGAGGUGGCUGUAGCUGCCUGUGCUUAGUGAAGGAUCAGUAUGCCAGGAGAGAGUGAGGGAGAAACCUCCAGCAAAAUGGAGGCGUUGUCCACCACCUGCUUGGUGUCCCUGGCCACCGAGGCCUUCCUGCAGGUGCGGGCACCCUCCUUCAUCCACGUCAACCUCGACGCCGUCGUCCACAACGUCAGCGUGCUCAGGUCCCUCUGUGGACCCAGCACGAGGAUGAUGGGUGUGGUGAAGGGAGGGGCAUAUGGGUCUGGGAUGAUGAAGGUGGUGGAGACACUGCUGAAGGAAGGUGUCCAGGAGCUGGCAGUGGCCACGGUGGCCGAGGGCAUUUACCUGAGGAAGCAUGGCAUUACCAUCCCUAUCACCAUCUUGGGUAACUUACUGGCAUGUGAGGUUCUGGAAGUAACGACACACUCCCUCAUCCCCUCCAUCAGUUGGGUGACGGCUCUCGCCUCUGUCUCCAAGGACACGCUCGUCUAUCCAGAUGGGUCUCGGCUGAGUGUGGCCAUCAACAUAGACACAGGCAUGUCCCGCUAUGGUGUCCAGCCAGCACACCUCCCUGACCUGGUCCAGGCCCUGGAUGACCUGGAGGUUCCCAUCAGCUCCAUGUACACACAUUUCCAAGCCUCCAUCACAGAGAAGGAGAAGAACCAAAAGCAACUAGAGAUAUUUCUUCAAGCUACAGAGCCCUUUAAAACUCGACCUCUCACCCGGCACGUGGCAGCCACCACUGGCUGUGUCCAGGACUUGGGUACUCACCUUGACCUCAUACGUCCUGGGGGUUCCAUCACCGGCCUCAGCUCAGGUGCAGACCGUGAGAGUGUCGAACAGUUCGCCAAGUGUGGGUUCCGACCAGCUUUCUCAGUUGUGGCCCAGCCCUCCUUCUUCAAGCUGCUGCCAGCAGGUCGCUUCAUUGGUUACGACGCUACCUAUGAGACGCAGGGAGAAGAGUGGAUAGCAAAUUUUACCACAGGUUGGUCUGAUGGGCUCAGUCGACGGCUCAGCAAUGGUGACGGAGCAGUGAAGAGAGUCAAGACAGGAGAGUUGUGCCCAAUAGUAGGCCGUGUGUCAAUGGACUCCAUCACGGUUCGUCUUCCUGAAGCUCCGGAGGAAGGUGAAGUGUUUCAAGUCAUCACUGACGAUUUUGAUGAUGUGACAUCUGCAGUAGGAAUGGCUAGGAACUUGGGGGCGGCUGUGUAUGAGAUGCCUGGGAAUUGGUCAACACGUCUUCCAAGAGUGUUUUCUAAGAAUGGAAAAAUUGUUUAUAUAUGUCAUUCACUUUGCUAUGAAUGUUGAAAAAAUCAAACUGAAUAUAUACUAUGCAGAAUAUUUAAGGCAAUUGUUAAUUAUAAAUGUAGAACACUUUUCCAUGCUCAUUUUUCUUUUAAAACGAAAGUUUUUGUGCUUCCUCGGUAUUACCUGGGAAUUGGCUGGAAAGACCAGUAGAGCAGUUGAACCUUCUCCAGCUAAGGUUUUAUCAACCUAUCUUUGUAACUUGUCAUAGUUUUAAUGUGAAAAGGAAUCUUAAUCUGUGCCUUAAUCGACUGAGUUACAACCAUGUUAUAGCUCAGUCGAUUAAGGCAGUGUCUGGGAUCCUCUCGGACGUAGGUUCGAACCCUUGUCACGGCCCUUGUGGAUUUGUUCAGCGCUAACUAUAUUUUAAAAAGUACAGUAUUAAGAAAUGACCCCAAAAAUGUGUUGAAUUGAUAUACGUAUAUACAGUAUAUACAUAUAUAUAUUUUAAAAAUUAUUUAAAAAGUAUUUUGUUUAAUAACCUCAUACAUAAUAUAGGAACAAAUGAGACCUGCACAACAUUUCAGCAUUAUCUGAAAAGCAAUCCACAGCCAAGUGUUCAGAGUUUCUCAUGAAUUGUUAUAUACCGUACAAAUACAUUCACCCCCAAUUACCUUUGUCCUUGCUUUAGCUUGUGGGACCUACCUACCAACACCCACAGUGGGUUUAAGAUCCAUGGCUGUUCAGCAUACUCGCAAUGAGCAUAAGAUAUUGCCAAAACAAACGUGGACAUCAAGAGAAAACUAAAUAGUUUUCUCAAAGUGCCGGCCCAACCGGGGUGUGGUGGAUAUGUGGACCUGCGGGCCUCUCCAAGCAACAGCCUGUUGGACCAAGCUCUCAAAAGUCUAGCCUGACCCCAGGACAGGCUUGGAGAGUAGCACUCCUAAAACCCCAUCCAGGUACAAACCUUUCUAAACACGCACACACAAUGGUUCUGGGGUAGUUCUGGAUAAAAAAAAUUGUCAGCUGAGGAUCGCAUAAAGAACACUAAGGCGCAUAUGCUGUGUAGGAUGACCUCGCCUCUGGGUAAGUUGACACUUCUGUAGGAUAACCCAACCUCUAACCAAGUUGACACAUCUAUAGAAUGAUGUGACCUCCGCCGAAGUUCACACCUGUGUAGAAUGAUCCGAUUCUUAUUACACGUUUGAGUAAUUUUACACCUCUGUAGGAUAGCCUGACAUCUGACACCUCUGUAGUAAGGUAUCAAUUCACAGCUACCCCCACCUGACCUCUGGGUAAGUUAACAUCUAUGAAGGAUGAUCUGACCUCUGACCAAGUUGACAUUUCCAUAUGAUAACCUGAUCUCUAAGUUGACAUGUCUGUAGAAUGACCUGACCUUUGGGCAAGUUGACCUCUGUAGGGGGAUCCAACCUCUAACCAAGUUGCAGACGAUCUGUAUUAACGUGGGUGAAGAUAUAUCUAAACACACACACAAAUUAAGAAACAACAACAUUAUUGUCUGUUCUGGUGUAACAGUUGUGAAUGUGGCCCGAGUUGAUCCCUUUGCAGAUGAAAAGACAAUAACGUGGCUGAAAUAUGUUAACCAAUCCUCACAUUAGAAAUUGGACUUACUCCUACUAUAAUGAGUAAGAAUGGGAACAUAAGAGAAACCGUUUCUCUUGCGUUCCUAUUAUUACAGCCUAUAUUACACCUUGCCUUCUGUACCUUUUGCCUUGCUCUAGUCUUCCUCUAAGAUUUCAGUCUCCUCACCUCUCUUGCCUUACUUAAUGCCCUUGCUUCACUCAUCUCAUCACAAUCGACUUGAUAAUGGUCCAGGACAAACCGAAACGUCAUCGUUUCUUCAAUUUCUAGUGUGUGGCCUGGUCAACAUUGAUCCCUUUGAGAAGUUACCAGCUUCGUCUGAUAACCCAACGAUAAUAGGGGGAUCCAGGGGUAUAAAAGACGGGAACAAGUUGAGAAAGAGAUCAGAAAAUGGAGCAAGGAGACAGAGUAAGGAGGUAUGACAGUGCGAGUCCUCAGACCAGAGAGAAGAUUGUGUAGACACGAGUGAGCCAAGUCUCCAGGCAAGAGUGUCAGCCGAGUCUUCAAACCAUAAGAGUUGUGGUGCCCACGAAGUUCAUCCGAUCGGGAUAUUGAACCAGGUGAGUGUCCGAGAGGUGAUGUACUUGUGUUCCAUGAUUGUGUGUGGUGAAACUCCAGGGGCAGUUAGCUGUAUUGGGUUCUCAGUUUCUGGUACAGUGACUCUACUCCUUUGUAGAAUAUAAUCAAUGCUAAGUGGGCAUGUAAAGUAGUACAGGUAUUCAAAAUUAUAAUGCAAAAAUAUAUUUUAAAUUUCCAAGUUUUAAAUGUCUGUUAAUAUUAUCCUAAGAUAACAACCCAUCCUCCUGUUUGGUAUUACUUAUAGUAACGAUGAGAACUAUAGUACUGUACUGUGUAUAUACCAACGCAUAACAAAAUUAGAACGUAGACAUCUGAACUAUCGAGUUGGAUAAACCCAAAAAAUUUUUUUUACCUGUGUUGCUUUGACAAACUAAACUAACCUAUCCUAACCUCCCUAGGCCUAAUACACAAUAUCCAAAGCCUAAUAUAGAUUUAAAUUUGUUUUAGCUUCAUUUAUUUUACUACUUUACGCAAUAGGUACCAUCUAAACAAAGAGGAUGGGUUGUAAGAUAAGGUAUUAUUUUUCUAUUUAUGUUUGAAUGUUAUUGGAAGUUAUCCUCAAUGUGAUAACUGUGGUUUAAGAGGAGUUCCAAUUCUCAUCUAAAAAUAUAUUUUAAAUAGAUGGUGGCAGCUCUACCUUCUUUCUAUCCUACUAAUCCUUUCAUUUUAUCCCCAAUAUUAUCUUACAAUCCAUUCUUUUCAUUCCUAAUUCUUAACCAACCUAACCUUUCCACUAAAUAUCUUUCCUCCCUCCUUCCUCUUACCUCCUCUCUUCCUCUGUUCUAUUUACACUUCUUAUCUACUCCUCCUCCCAUCCAGUUAAUUCAAUUUGUUAUAUUUAUUCCUAUCCACCCCCUCCCCCUUCCGUUACAAUGGUUCCUCCCUCUUUCCUCUGUCCUUCUCUACCCUAAUUGCUCCCCUACUCCUCCUUCCAUCCUUUAAUUACAUUUUUUCUAUUUAUUCCAAUUUCCUUUUACCCUUUCCAUUACACUGGACCAUUAUGAAGUCCUAGAGUUACACUACUCGAUAAUGAUCCAGAACGGACCAAAGCAUUUUUUUGUCUUGCGGUUUGAACGUCAUAUUUUAGCAAAGUUGACAACUCUUUAGGAUGACCUGACCUCUGACCCCCCAAAUUGACACCUGUAGGUUGACUUGACUUUGGACCAAGUUGACAGGUCCCAAGUUGAUCUAUGUAGAAUGAUCUGACCUCUGGGGUAAGUUGACACUUGCCCCAGAAGUCAUCCCGAGUUCUUUGAUCCCAAUGAUUAGCUACAAUCAUGUGGACUCGCAUAUUUUGGAGAUGCGCCAUAAAAUCCUAAUGGAUUUGAUGCAGUUGCUGUCUUAGAUGCUACUUUGAUGUCUUAUUUUGAAUGAUUUCUUUGAACAAUUAUUUUCAGAUAACUUUAAUAGUAUUUAUAAAUACCUUACUGAGUCUAUGUAUACCAAACCUUAUAACCAAAAAAUAAUGUAUCUGAUCAUUUUGAGCCUUCCUUCCUGACCUGGCAACUUUGUGGGUAUUAAUUAUACUUACCAGUUAACUAUAGAUCUGACACAGCUCUUCACCAUCUCCUGAAUCUGUUUAAAUGUGCAUGCUUGCUGCAUGAGGGUUAAUACCACAGUUUAAAUUUUAAAAGGUUAGCAGUAUUCCUGGGUUUAUACACUUCAUUACAAUUUCUAAAUAUAAUUACUAAUUAUAUUACUGUAUUUACAAGAAGUGAGAAAAGUAGCAGUGUACUAAGCUAGAGAGAAAAAAAAGGUAUUUCAUGCCCAAAUACACAUUAAAUAUUGUAUUGAUAUUCCAUUUACCUGGACUGUACGGGUCUGUAAUUGGUAUAAAUAAAUAUAUUUAUGCAAA